GGAGAGUGUGCAGUGGUCCUUCAGCCUCUACAACUGGCAGGAGAGGGGACGUGUAGCCUGUUCCGUGCUCUAGACCACCACCACCAUGCCGGCGCCUUCAGGAGGGCGGCGCCGUUCACUGAGCCUGCUGUUGGUGCUUCUUCUGGGGUUCCUCACCCUGGUGGAGGCCGUCCCAGCUACAGGCGAAAGGUUGCAUCGUUUGCCCAGAUGGAUUGACGGACUGUGGAAGAAGAUUCGCUCGGGUUAUGACACCGAAUCCGGCUCCUCAGAGUACACGGAUCAGGUGGUGAUGGACGCCCUGACCAACGCCAGCAAGACUGUGACAAAGGGAGUGGAUGAGAUGAUAACCAUGCAACGCGACCGUCGGCGGAGUCCUUCCUAUGUCACACCUGCCCCCCCACAGCCUGGUACAACCACUUCUGGCAAGUCAGUGUUCCGUUUCAUUGGUCUGGAAGAGAACGUUCUGCACCACCUGAAGAGCUUCCAGUCCCCCACCCAGCCUGCCUCCAUGACGCUCUUUGAACACCGUGGCAUGAUCUUCUGGAUGGUCACCGAGACAUUCACGGAUGCUGAUGGGGCGCUGCUGUCUGGCCGAGAUGGGCACCUCUACGUAUAUGCUGUCAGGGGCAACCAGAUCCUGAGCACUGUGGUGGAGACAAAGGGUGCAGUGAAGUGUGAGCUGCUGCUGAAGGCGACUCAUUUCGUGGACUUUGUGUGUGCAGAGAGGCUGCACCAACACUUCGAGGCAACCAAGAACGGCAGUGGUGUGUACCGCAUGACAUGGCAUGGAAAGCUGGAAGUGACUAUGCACCGACCUCUGCCCACUCACUCUGCGCGGGACCUGCAGGUUUGGCGCUAUGAAGACCACACCCUGAUAGCCUUCCUGAAUACCCUGGAGGUGAGGAGUCUCUACGGCAGCCUGCAGGUGGACGGGCUGACGAGGGUAACCAGUCACAUCUUUAGACAUCGGAGUGCAGUGGUGGAUGGCAAAUUAUUCACCAGCUACAACCGACUAGAGAAGGCCUCGUUCACCACUGCACACGCCCGGGGGUUUGCCAAGCUGGUUGUUGGCUCCAGACACUUCCUGGCCGUGGCGAACUACAUGGGCAGGGAUGGGAACACAGAGACGCACAGCGACAUCUUCGUGUACGAGCCAAGUGUGGGCACCAGGCUGUUCCAACGCAUCCGCACUAGCGCUGCCCGCAGCUUUGCUGCCUUCUCCUUCAGGAGAGCCCAGAAGGAGGAGCACUUCUUGGUGGUGGCCAAUGAGUUCUCUGUAAAUGCUGCUGGCAUGAAAAACUACCAGACGGAAUCUAUGAUCUACAAGUUCUACAGGAACAAGUUUAUGCCGUUCCAGUGCAUCCAGACUGUGGCGGCCAGACAGUGGGUGGUGUACCAGGGCCCCAAGGGAGAGUUCCUUCUGGGGGUGGUGAGUGGCCAGAACGGUGUUGUCUUCUAUCAGUACAAUGGCUGGAGGUUCAUACAGAUGUCCUUCCAGAUCAAGCAGGCGGGCAUCAGGAGGGCUUGGAUGGGGUACCUGCCAGGAGUGAACCAGGCUGUCCUCACCCUGACUCACCGCGACUCCUCCAGACCACUCGUGUACUACUUGAGGUUCCAGCACUUCAGGCCCAGUGUGCAGGAGGCCGCAGAGCUGCGGCGGUGCAGCACAUUCCGGCUGGGCAGGGAUCCCCGGCGGGUGUUGGCACGGAUGCAGCGGGCACCAAGGAGGGACCAGCCCUUCACCUUCCCCCGCCCUCUGAGAAUCACUGGGAACCUCCUGCUGGCCCGGAGCAAUGCUGUCUCCACGAUUGGCAUGAUUCAGGUGAGGGAGGAUGGCUACAAGGUGGACCACAGCUUCAGCGUGCUGGUGGCCAACAUUGACGAGGUGCGGGCAGCGCUUGCUAGGGUGGCCAGGGCUCGGGCUGUGGUGGCUGCCUCUCUCAAGCUGAAUGGCCCCAACCUGGGUGGGUUCCGUUUUGCUGAUGUGAGGUUCCAGUGCCGUGGUGGUCUUGGCAGUGUCAGUGGCAGUGCCUGUGUCAUCAGCGACUUGCGUGCUACUCAGAUCAAUGGGCAGACGGUGUCGCUGGAUGGGUUGCUGUGGCUGAACCGAGACCUACAGCUGCAGAGCCUCACCCUGGAGCACGUUGACCUUGGCGCUGACGUGUCUGCCACCGUGACCUUCCUCAGCGGCCCUGACCUCGCCCGCACCAACAUGCAGGACCUGGUGACCCUGUCUGGCAACCACUCCAUCUCAGGCCACAAGGACUUUGGCCUGGUUAAGGUCAACAGUUUGGUGGUGUCUGGCACGAUCAACGACCUGCGCAUCGACGAGCACAGCCUGCUGCUUACCAACAAGGAGCAGACUAUCACCGCGGAGUACACCAUGCAGGCGGUGAAUGCACGCACUGUCCGCCUGCAGCACCUUAACGGCCAGGACCUCGCCACCUUCCUGCAGCAGCUCGUCCUCAACAACACGGACACUGCCAUCACAGGUCAUGUUGUUGUCCGUGGUGACGUGCUGGCCAGCUCCAUUCAGACGUCCAGGUCAGUACAGCCUCUGGACCCCCGGGAUAUUGCAAGGCGCGCACUGCUACACUCCACACAGAGCACCCAGGUUGUCACAGGUGUGCACACCCUAGGAGGACUGUCUGCAGAGGGAGGCCUGAGGGUGGUGGGUACACUCAAUGGCCUCUCCAUACCAAGGGACGUGUACCUGAGGGGCAGCAACGAGACUGUCACGCGGCCUGUCACCUUCCACUCCCUGCAGGCCAACAGUGUGCAGGUGCUGGGCAGGCUGGGGGAUGUCAGGGUGUUGAAUGGUGAGCUGGACGUGGUGUUGGUGCACGGCAACCAGCAGGUGUCCGGCAGGAAGGUGUUCACAGAGAUGGUGCUGCUGGGACACUCGUCUGUCAGCCUCACUGUCUCUGGCUACAGACUGCAGGACCUGGAGAACACCAUGACUGAGGACCUGGUCAUUGCCCUGCAGAGUGGAAGGACCAUCAUUGGUGAGGUAAGGUUUGAGGGGCAGGUGCACGUGGCGGAUGCAGUGCUGGGCGGUGCCAAUGUCACUCACAUGUUCCUGUAUGGCCUGCCACUACACACCACCUCCAUCCCCACCACCUUUAUAUUUGAAGGCCCCGUGAAGAUUGUGGGCGACACUCGUGUGACCAACCACCUGAACGGCAAACGUGUGGACCUGUACGCCCUGCUGGCUGGCACCCACACCUUUGGCCGCGUCAUCUUCGCCUCGGACCUGAUUGCUGAGGGCCAUGUGCAGGUCGCCACCACAGUGAAUGGCAUCAACCUGCAGGAGCUGCACCGCGUCUUAGCACUGCUCGGCUCCAGCACGGUGACCGGCUUGCAGGAUGUCACCCUGCACAGCCCCUCCUUCCGCGGCGGUCUGGAGGUGCGGCACGGUGGCUCUGUUGUGGUGGGUGGCCUGGACCUGCAGGACAUUGUGAUGCGGGACACUGACGCUGUGAUCACUGGCCUAAAGACCAUCCCAGCGGUGCAGGUGGAGGCAAUGGCGGCAGGGCAUGUGGAGGUGGUGCAGGGUGGACAGGUGGAUGGGGUGCUGCUGGAGGACCUCUUCUUUGGCAACUCUCUCAGGAAGAAUGCACAAGGCAUGCAGCAGAUAGUGGGCGGCUCUCUCGGUCUGGUGGUGGCAUCAUCCGUCACAGGCACGCGUUUGGGAGCCUUUGAGAGGAGCGUGGUGUACCGGGACUCUGCCUCAGAACGUCUGGCCGGCUCCCUGCGCUUCACUGGCCAAGUCAACAUCCAGGACCUCACCUUUGCAACAUUUGAUGGGGUAUCUGCUGACGAGUACAACUCUGCCUGGCUGCUGAGGACCGGGGACCAGGUGCUUACAGGCCAGAACAUCAUCAAGAGCAUGGACGCCCUGGACUUCACCUUCAGCGGCAGGACUCUUCAGGGCGUGGACUUUGAGCGGCUGGUGAAGAACACGGCCAAGAUUGACGAGGCGACCGUGCUGCACAGGGUGGCCUUUGGCCAGCUGCUGUCCAACGGGGAGGUUGUGGUGAACGGCACAGUGCAGGGCAUCAAGCUGAGCCAGGAAGCGGUGACGACCACAGCCGCCACUGUGACGAUCACAGGCAGGAAGGUAUUCCAGGGCAGGGUUCACUACAGGGAAGAGUUCUCCAUCGAACAACACGCCGUCGUCACGUCCGGCCCCAAUGACCAGAGUCCCUUGUCCAUUGACAUUGAGGAGCUGUGUGCUGCCGUACUGAGUGUACCAGCCGCCUCCAGACGCAUCAGGCGGUGGAUUAUCCAGGGAGAUGCAAGGUUUGAGCAGCAGGUGAGAGUGACGGACUCGUUCAAUGGAGAGGCGGUGGCCACGCUGGGCACCACCUUCUGGCUGGCUCAUGUCCCCACCAAGAUUUCCGCUGUGGCAUACCUCGUCUAUGUGGAGGCCCGGAGCAGCUUCAAUGUGGAUGUGGGAGGCAAGACCAAUGGGCAGAGCCUGGAGGAGGUGUGGAAGCAGCUGCUGAAGAGGACAUGUGAGGCGCAGACAGUGGCUGGGCAGCUCACCGUGCAUUCCCUGACUGUGGACCACCUCUCCACCCCAGCUCUCUCCAACCCCAACGACGACCUGCGUGUGGCCGACCUGCUCAACAUCCUGUUGGUGGAUGGCGACCAGGUCAUCAGUGGCGUGCUAAACUUCACCAGUGUGGAGGCACAGCACGUGGCCCUGGAGGGAACCAUCAACGGCCUGCGGGUGAACACCGACUUCGUGGUGCACGGACGGCAGGCAGUGAUCAGUGGCAGGAAGACCUUCGCCCACCUCACCGUGCUGGGCAACCUGUCCAUGGUGGAGGGCGGCACGAUACAGGGUGUGGACGUGUCGGAGCUGAGCAGGCUGGCGGCAAGGAAGACGGGCCAGGGGCAGGUGAUAGUGGUGCCGGGCCUCACCACACUGCAGAGCCUCACCUACAUCGGCUCAAACUUCCAGGUGGAGGGCAGGGUGGAUGGCGUGGUGCUGCGGCGGGACACGGUGCUGCUGCGGACUGGGGAGCAGGUGAUGACGGGCACACUGGAGGUGACUGCUGGAGAUGCCCGGCUGCCAGCAGUGGUGGCGCCCCUCCUGGUGGUGCUGGACAACCGGUUCAAUGGUGUGGACCUGGACCGGCUGCACAACAGGACCGUGCGGGUGGACAGGCGGGUCACCAUCCAGAACACGGUGACCUUCCAAGGCAUGUGUCGUUUCACCACCUUGGUCUUGGAGAGUCAGCUCAUCAAUGGCGUGCACGUGAGGGAACUUGCCGACCUUGUGAACGCAGACUACCUCAUCAACCUGGGCGACCACCUGGGGGCCGUGCUGCACGCCGCCCGCAGCACCAGGGAGGUCAUGGCAGUGAAGGGAGCAGAGGUCUGGUAUUACGAGGAGCUGCCCUUCCAGACACUGUCCAAGCUCGUAGUAGUGACCCUGAGGAGUGAGAGGCUAGAGUUUGGUGUAUACGACUCCCUGGUGGGCAUCGACAUGACCAAUGAUGCUGUGUACACAUACAGGAUGGAUGUGCCCUUCCCUGCCCUGUACCCGCCAGUGAAGGUGCUGGAGCCCAUCGCUGUGGCAGGCCUGGGCAGCGGCUUGCUGGCCACCUGUGGGAGGCUGGCCAUGGACGCCACACCUGCAGGCACACACCAGCUGCCAAACUUCCGAGUUAUCCAACUUCAGGGUGGCACAGGCACUGGCUAUGGACACAUCUACUCCAUGGAGGCCAAUGGUGGAGUGCUGGCAGCAUUUGAGACGAGGGAGUGCAGGGACUUGGUGAGCUUCCAGCUGCAGGACGGCCGGGUGUGCCUGGCUGUGCUCAACUACCGUGCGGCAACCACCAUUCUGUGCGGCAAGGCCUCCACUGGCUUCCACCUGCUCUUCCACCUGGACACCACCCGUGCCACCAAGGGUGUGUGGGUGAACUUCCUGGGUGGAGAGUUCCUGCUGGUGGGGCAGGAGCCGAGCCAGACUGAGGCCGGUGUGCUGGUGCUGUACAAGUAUGACUACUCCCUCAGCAGGAUGGUGCUGGUGAGUGAAGCACACGAGCCUGUGUCGUCCCAUGUGGCGGCCACCGUGCUGGGUGAUGCCAUCCUGGUGGCAGUGACAGGCAAACGCACGCCUCUCUGUGACACCUUUGUGGAGGUGUACCUCACCAACACCACUGACAUGGGCCACAACCUGCAGCGCCUGGAGGUGCCCGAGGCAGUGCACAGCAGUCUGCUGCACCUGCACACCGGUGAGGUGGUGCUGAUGGUGCAGACCAGACACAGCCUCUACCACUACUACAUGCGUGGCAGCAAGUUUGUCUUUGUGAGGGAGAUGAAGACUGCCUCGACACUGUGCCCGUGGUCCACCCCAUUCCUGGCAGGCGACCCACUGACCCUGCUGGUCGCCCACACUGGCCUGGGGGCAUACCAGGAGGAUUACAAGGGAGCCAAGCUGCUGCCCGUCCCCACCACCAUCUACAGGGCGGUGUACAGGGGCCCAUCCUUCGAUACUCUGUACAGGGGGUCCUCGCACCUGUCCUUCUCUCUCCAUGCGCAACAUCCUUCCACAUCCUAUGGCUCAUCCACCCCUCACUACAGUAGCUGAGAUGUUUUAGUAUAAUUCAUGUUAUGUAUUUGAGGUGGAAUUUGUUUGACGUGGAGAAACGUGCGUGUAUAUAAGAUUAAUAAAACUGUUGGAAGGUG